AUGGAAACAUCUGCCCCACGUGCCGGAAGCCAGCGGGUGGCGACAACUGGCUUACCGGCGGCGUUUCACCACACCGAGACCCUGCGGGUGACCUCGCCAAACCAGCUCGCCGAAAUGGCUGCUUUCAGGCAAGGAAACUUUGAUGGAAAUUUCGAGCCUCUGGACCUUGCAGAAUUUACUAAAAAGCAGCCAUGGUGGCGCAAGCUGUUCGGCCAAGAAUCUGGGCCCUCUGCCGAAAAGUACAGUGUGACCACCCAGCUGCUCAUAGGAGGUGCCACCGGAUGGUGCACGGGUUUCAUAUUCCAGAAGGUUGGAAAGUUGGCGGCAACAGCUGUGAGUGGUGGAUUUUUCCUCCUUCAGAUUGCAAACCAUACUGGUUACAUCAAGGUUGACUGGAAACGAGUAGAGAAAGAUAUGAAGAAAGCCAUGGAGCAGCUGAAAAUUCAUAAGAGCAACCAAAUCUCUAGCGAAGUCAAGAGCAAAGCAGAAGAGGUGGUAUCAUUUGUGAAGAAGAAUGUCCUUGUGAUGGGGGGAUUUCUUGGAGGCUUUCUGCUGGACAUGGCAUCCUAAGAUGGACAACUUCUGUGUUCUUUUCCCCCCCAUUAUUUCAUCAGAAUAUGUCAGUUGCGUUUUUUCCAACCAGAAGCCUCUACACUCCAUCAUAGGACAUUGAGUCUCCCUUCAUCUUCCUCUCCUCCUGUGCCUUCCUCCUGCACCGGCAGAUCAGAAUAGCUCUCUGUUGGUACAAGAUAACUUAGUACUGACCUGACUUGAACUUGCUGAUGAUGGAAGAGACAACAGACAUUAGCUUGUCCUCCCAGCACUCUCCCUACAUGGCUAGUCUGUAGGUCAGCAAGAAUGUGUCUCUCCCCAUCAUAAGCUGCAAGCUGGCCUACCCAGAAGGAUG